GGAGAAGUGAAUCAGUCGCUCGCUGGCCGUCCGGGGCUGUACGUCGUGAUCACCGUGAUUGUUCUUAGUCUUAAUUUUUAGAUUCUUAUUUUUUACCAUCUUCAUAACCUUUUUUCUCUUACCCCCUCCAUUCUCUUUCACUCAAUCGUCGCUUUACUCCGUCUCAACGCUGGAAAAGGACCAAGGACUGGGAUCGAUUCGAAACGGAGUAAAAGUCGUAGGAAUUUUUUUCGCAAGAGCUCGUCCAGUUUUCCGCAAGUAUAAAGAGAAGUCAGCAUAACCUACAAAUUAGGGCGAGAAGGGAAGGAGGGGGGUUGUUGCUGUAGACCAUAGCUUUUGCUACGUCCCCUAGGUGGCGCUGAUCUCACAUUUUGUCACAAUCUUUUCUUAAUCCCUACUGAACCCCAAAGAAUCCGGAACUAAGAGUACCAAGAUAAGCCGCCACCAUGAUCGUGGACGACAAACAGGAAAUGGACGGUUUUUGGAUAGGUGUAGCGAUUCAUGCGAUCAAGACGCUGUCGUAUGUCUACGAUGUUUUGACUUUUCCGGUAUAUUUAAUUCUUCAACGACCAUGGGAAAAAAGAAAAGCCUCGAGAAGAAUAAAGGCAAAGCCUGUGUCAAAAAGCGAAAAUUCCAUCACCUACAGGAGUAUCGAUCCCCCCAGGGCGAUUCAUAUACUUUUGGAAUCUCAAAAAAUCGAUACCAUGGAGAAAAUGCUGAAAUUUGUUGCUGCUGAGCACAGUGAUAGAAAAUGUCUUGGUACUAGGCAAAUUCUUGCUGAUGAGGAUGAAUUACAGCCAAAUGGAAGAGUUUUCAAAAAGUACAAAAUGGGAGAGUACAGGUGGAAAACCUUCACGGAAGUAAACAAACUUGCAGCGUCCUUCAGUCGCGGAUUGAGAGAACUGGGUCUCACUUUAAAAAAGAAUAUCGUAAUUUUUGCUGAAACGAGGGCAGAAUGGAUGAUCGCUGCCCACGCAUGUUUUAAACAGAAUUUGAGUAUCGUUACGAUUUACGCGACUCUGGGUGACGAUGCGAUUGCCCACGGUGUUAAUGAAACCGAAGUAGAUACGGUGAUAACGAGUCAUGAAUUACUUCCGAAAUUCAAAAGAAUUCUCCCGAAACUAGCGGAAGUAAAAACCAUUAUCUACAUGGAGGAUCAGUUGAAACCAACUGACACUAAAGACUUUAAGGAGGGAGUAAGAUUGAUUCCAUUUUCGGAUGUCAUAAAAACUGGAAGUGAUUCAAACGCCGAGCUAGUUUCUCCUAAAAGUGAAGACACAGCAAUUAUAAUGUAUACUUCCGGUUCCACAGGAGUUCCGAAAGGAGUGUUGCUCUCUCACAAAAACAUUAUUGCUACUUUAAAGGCCUUUUGCGACGCUAUUGAAAUUAGAUCAGAUGACAUUUUCCUGGGAUAUUUACCGUUGGCGCACGUUUUUGAACUUCUUUCGGAAAGUGUGUGUCUUUUGACGGGUGUUCCGAUUGGAUACAGUUCUCCGCUCACGAUGAUCGAUUCCAGUAGUAAAAUCCAGAGAGGAUCCAAGGGAGAUGCUUCUGUUCUUCAUCCUACUUGCCUCACUGCAGUUCCGCUGAUCUUGGACAGAAUCUCAAAGGGAAUCAAUGAGAAGGUAAAAAAAUCGGGACCCUUCAGACAAGCAAUAUUCAACUUCGCCUAUGAGUACAAAUUGAAGUGGUCGAAACGAGGAUAUGACACGCCCUUAUUUGACAAGUACAUUUUCGGUGCAGCGAAACAAGUUCUCGGCGGAAGAGUUAGGCUCAUUUUCUCUGGAGGAGCUCCUCUUAGUCCGGACACUCACAUGCAGGUCAAACUUUGUCUUUGCGUACAGGUGGUCCAAGGAUAUGGACUCACGGAAACCACUUCUUGCGCAACUGUCAUGGAUGCGAAAGACAGAAGUACGGGAAGAGUUGGAGGGCCGAGUACAGUUUGCGAUCUUCGACUAGAAAAUUGGGAGGAAGCUGGUUACCGAGUAACCGAUAUGCCUUACCCUAGAGGUGAAAUUCUUGUUGGCGGUGAAAAUGUUUCCGCUGGAUAUUACAAACUGUCAGAAAAAACAAAAGAGGACUUUUUCGAAGAAGAUGGAAGAAUGUGGUUUCGCACUGGAGAUAUUGGAGAAAUUCAUCCCGAUGGCUGUAUCAAAAUCAUCGAUCGAAAGAAGGAUUUAGUGAAAUUACAGUUUGGAGAAUACGUUUCUCUAGGAAAAGUCGAGUCAGAGUUGAAAACCUGCCCUCUGGUGGAGAAUAUUUGCAUCUAUGGAGAUGCUAGCAAAACGUAUACAGUGGCGCUCGUCGUGCCGAGUCAUCGCAGCCUCGAGGAAAUAGCGAGUAAACUUGGAGUUACUGCUACGUCUUUAGAAGACCUUUGCAACGAUUCUAGAAUCGAGAAAGCCGUUCUUGAAGAACUCGUUGAGCAAGCUAAGAAAUGUAAACUUGAGAGGUUUGAAAUUCCCGGAGCAUUAAAGUUGUGUCCAGAACAAUGGUCUCCGGACAUGGGACUGGUCACGGCGGCUUUCAAAUUGAAGCGGAAAGCUGUCGAAGAGCGUUACAAGCACGAGAUUAGUCGGAUGUACGCCUCGUGAUCCUUCCGGACCCGCGUGAAGAAGGACUCGUGAUUCGUUGAUUGUAAACCUGAAAGUACCACCCUCGACUGACGGAAAUUCACGUCAACUGUGAUCCCCAGCGAUCAUAAGUCUAGUCGACUAGUAGACGACUAAACUCAACCGCGUCUCGCUGAUCGCAGCCUCGGAUCCCAAAAAAUACUCCUCAUAUUCUGCUUUACAUCACAAACCAAAUUGAGUUCCAGUUAACCCCACGAUACGUCAAUUUGUCUUUGAUAACAACCUGAUUUCAUUCUGCUUAAUCAAAAUAUCUUUAAUUGUAGUUAAACAAAUCAGAGUAUUAUGAAAGUUAAUUUUUGCUGCGUGUUAAAUUAGAUUUUUUUGUGCGGGUUGACUUGAACUAAGUUUUCUCUGCUUUCACGCAGAGUCCAUGACGAAUGGAAUUGGAACGAAGUUUUUCCAAAAACCUAGAACUUAUUAUUUUCGUCUUCCAGUGACUCGAGCUUUCGGGCAUUUUACGUAACGUGUCAGACUAAACAAAAACAGAAAAACUAUGCAUUCGUCAUCGUUAGAUCGAGAAGAAAGUUAAUGCUUGCUUGUACGCACACGUGUAUAUAAUUAUUCUAGAUUUAUAGUCCUAUCGGAAAUAUUCAGAGUAUUAUAUUUACAGAGCCCCCCCCCCUUCCCCAUCAGAAGCGUUUAUCGUUGGAAUAUUUUCUUACAGAGCUGUUGCAUGUUCAGCGCCAAGUUUUUAUGUAGAAUGGAUUUUUUUGAUCAAUCUUUUUACUUUAAUGCAAUUUCCGAUAUCACUAAAAUUUCCAAGCGAGUGGCUCAAGCUUUUUUGAUAAUCCUGUUGUCAGUUUGGGGAUUUAUUUUAGCUUUACUAGAGUUUUAGAAUUAAAGUGUGGCGUUGGGUUCGGUAAUAUUACCGGUAAAAUAAUGGCAAUUUACUGGCGGAUUACCAGACAUAUUAUUGAUAAAUUACUCGCCGCAAUAUGUUACGAAAUACCUUUUUUCUUUCUUAAUUUACCGUAAUAUUCCGCAACUACACGUAAGUAAUUCUCUCUUCCAUAGCUCUCGACAACCGUACUACUUAAUACUCUGCGAAAUGGCGUAACUUGGUUAAGUUUACGCAUCUCUCUGGUGAAUGAUGACAAGAAGCCAUAAAUCGUGGUAAAGCCCCACGGCAACGCAUGGUAAAUGACGAAAACUGUUGCCGAGUAAUUUAUAAAUAAAUUUCUGAAAGUAGAAUAUUUUCCCUGUGAACAUAUCGAUGAGAAGUGGAAGUUUAAAUGGUGCAAAAGCGACUCUUGUCGCACUCUUACAUUAUCCUUAAACGUCUGACUUAUUUCUUAGUUCUGUGAACUGAGCUUAGGGCGAGCGAUCUCGAGAUUGAUAAUAAAAUAAAAUUUAUUAAUUUUGUAAAUAAAAUAACGAGCAUCACGAAUAAUGAGAGCAUCGUGCAAGGACCGAAUUUCCGCAUUUCUGCGCCUAUUGUACAGUAUUUUACAAUACUUUUCUCUGUUUCUAUUGUAGUUGACUAUCAAUUUUGAACUACUAAUUGUGAAAGUUUUGAAAAUUCGUGAAACAGUAAUUGGGAAAGUUCACGAUAGAAAUGGAAAUAAAUCACUUGAGUAAAGGUCUCAAUUUUUUGGAUUUUGUAAAUUACUUUGGAGAAAGUCGUUGACGGGUUUCUUGAAAUAUUCAAAAAAUGGUGCACGCCUUUAAGAGAAUUUUCCCAAGCUUAGGUGGCGAAGGCGAAAUUUCGGAGAGCCUUUCCGUUGGCGGUUUUCUUUUUCUAUUAGGGAAAAGAAAUAUCCAGCGUGUGUGCUUUUGUGUGCUUACGGAUGCGUGCCUUGUAGUUGAGUGAAUAUUCGCAUGAAGAAUGGAGAAUGGAAAGGAUUAUGGAGUAGAGUUAAGUUUUAAAAUUGUGUAAGGAGAAUAAGGUUCCUGCUCACAAUCUGUGUGGAUCAGUGGAUUUCAAAAUUAUGUGUUGUUAUGAGGUAAUCUGACUCUUGUAAUGUUACCUAGGAGUAAAGAUGAGCGACUAAUAUUUAGUACAUAAUAUUGUCUAUAUGAUAGAUCUUGUGAAAUAAAUGUACAAACCUUCCAAAAAAA